AUGACAACAAAGCUCCGUGGAAGUAGGCUCGAAGCGGAGGUUGAUCGAGCACGGGCUGAUGGUAAUUGGAAACGAUUGGCCGAGCUUCUCCAGGCCAUGAAGUCAAAGCAUUCGGGCAUGGAGGACAUGGUGGAAUUGGUUGAAGCCGAGUUACAAUUGGAAACAUUCCUCGAACAGCAAGGAGAAGUCCUGCGGCCGCGCAGUGGACAUGCCAGUGGGUUGCGAGAAGCCGAGACACUUCUCAACGAAACGGUGGAACGUCGCAGUGAGGGCACAGUAUUAGAAGCACACUUAUUGCUUGCAAAGUUGCACUAUGCAUGUGCUGCUUAUGGACAGGCUCUGAAAGAUAUUGAAAAUUCUGGAAUGGAGCUUGCCAACACGCCUUUCCGUACAUUGCGAGCUCUACGAUUAGUUGCUGAAGUUUAUGCAAUUAAAGGCUUUUGUUUGGAAGCAAUUCAAGCUCAAGAAAAAGAUGGUAACAAGAUGAAAGCCCUGUUUUGCUACGAGAAAGCUGCCGAAUUGGCGAUUAUGUACGUUGGAGAAAUAGAGAAAAAUAUUGUUGGUGGAUCAGGAAAAGGAAGUGUUGCAUCGUCUUCGCCGUUAUCUCGGUCUGAAAAACUAGGAGACAUUCUUGAGUGCUGUUUGGAACGCGUGGCAGCGCUCCGCGUUCGAGAUUCUACGAUAGAGAGGAAGAGCAAUCUCGAAGGAAUUGAGUGGUAUCGCCGUAUUAUAACGUGUCUUGGAGAUAAGUCCACUGGCGAACGAUUACAACAGAAAAUGUCUCGUCAGUUUGCGGAACUUCUCAUGCGAGCCGUACCUGCAGAUUUGAGAGGUGGUACAACAAGUCAAGCUGUGAGCAUGAAAAGCCAAAACCUGAGUUUCUAUAUGGGAUCUCACAAAGGCUAUUUUGCACCGUCAUCGAGAACUGAAGAGGUUGUGCUGCUUCUUCUUAUCAGUGAGACUUCAACAAUGACAACAAAGCUCCGUGGAAGUAGGCUCGAAGCGGAGGUUGAUCGAGCACGGGCUGAUGGUAAUUGGAAACGAUUGGCCGAGCUUCUCCAGGCCAUGAAGUCAAAGCAUUCGGGCAUGGAGGACAUGGUGGAAUUGGUUGAAGCCGAGUUACAAUUGGAAACAUUCCUCGAACAGCAAGGAGAAGUCCUGCGGCCGCGCAGUGGACAUGCCAGUGGGUUGCGAGAAGCCGAGACACUUCUCAACGAAACGGUGGAACGUCGCAGUGAGGGCACAGUAUUAGAAGCACACUUAUUGCUUGCAAAGUUGCACUAUGCAUGUGCUGCUUAUGGACAGGCUCUGAAAGAUAUUGAAAAUUCUGGAAUGGAGCUUGCCAACACGCCUUUCCGUACAUUGCGAGCUCUACGAUUAGUUGCUGAAGUUUAUGCAAUUAAA